CUGGGUUCCGAUUUGUUCGGCGUUAAACAAAAGGAAUAUAGGCGCAAACAAGCGUUUUUCUGCUUUCUUUUGCUUAAAGAGAGACCUUCUAGAAAUUUCAGGACGGUUGUCUCCCAGCCUCAACAGAAACCUUGCUGCGGUUAUGUACCGGGUUUUACGGUAAACAGUCCUCUUCAGCCAAGAUGUCGUACAUGCUUCCGCAUCUCCAUAAUGGCUGGCAGGUGGACCAGGCUAUUUUAUCAGAAGAGGACCGGGUGCUUGUUAUAAGAUUUGGCCACGACUGGGACCCUACAUGCAUGAAAAUGGAUGAAGUUUUGUACAGCAUUGCUGAAAAGGUCAAGAAUUUUGCUGUGAUUUACCUUGUGGAUAUCACCGAAGUGCCGGAUUUCAACAAGAUGUACGAAUUGUAUGACCCCUGCACAGUCAUGUUCUUCUUCAGGAACAAGCACAUCAUGAUUGACUUGGGCACUGGUAACAACAACAAGAUCAACUGGACAAUGGAGGACAAACAGGAGAUGAUAGACAUUAUUGAGACCGUCUACAGGGGAGCUCGGAAAGGAAGAGGUCUUGUGGUGUCUCCAAAAGACUAUUCAACCAAAUACAGAUACUAACUUUAUAUAUGUCUAUUUCUUACUUUACAAAUAUUAUCGAGUGUAUUCAGUGGCAUUACAUUACCCUGGAUGGACACCUCACACUCACUGGGACAGCUUGUAUAUUCAUGUGGAUACAGCAGUGACCUGCCAUUGUGUUAAUAACUUGUGGUUUGUUUUCCCCCAUUUUAUUUAAGAAUGUUUUUCUUUAUUGCAUCAAUGAUCAGGAAAUUGUGUGACCGUAUGUCUAGUUCUUCAUUAUUUUUUUGAAUAAAUGUUUUCAGAGAA